GUUUGGUAUCCUACGUUCUCUGCCGCUCGCGUGCCGUACGUCGUCGUGGUAACGCGCAACGCGCGGCGGCAACGCGCUCUCGUCGUUCUAUCCUCCUUUGUCCCCGUCGUAUCGCGUUGGAAUACGUUUGCAAGUGUUUACGCCGGGAGUGUACGCCGAGCGCGUUCCCCGUGAAUGAAAUCGUCGCGACAUUAGACGAGUGGUUUUGGUGAAUCGAGAGAGAGAGUCUCGCGCGCGCGCGCGACAAUUCGGAGCCGUGUGUAUACGUCGAGGUAAACAAAAGAGUAAAGAGAGUCGGCCUGAAUCAGAGCGAGUCAACGAGUUGGAAAACCGGCGCGUACGACUUGAAGGUAAAUCACGAAAGUGUGUGACCGUCGUUAGCCGGUGUGUCCGCCCGGAGAGAAAGAGAAAGAGAGAAAGAGAGAGUUUUUCGUGUCGCCGAGGCGCGAACGCGAAGAGAAUGCCGGGACGCGUGACGCGGUCGGUCGGGGAGCAGCGGCGUGCUCGCGCCGGUUUGGUUUUCGGGUCGCCGAGUGGCGACUGAGGGGGGCCGGGGUAGGAAGGGAGAAGGGAUGCGAGGGAUCAUCCCGCGGGAGCAGCAGCCGGCGCGGUGUGUUGGGUAGCGGCGUGCCGCGUGUAGGUGCCGGGGGGGAGGUGGAGGAGGAGGAGGAGGCGGCGGUAGUAAGCGGGUAGGAGGGAGGAGGGUGAUCUCUCUCUCGGGCGCGCGAGGAUGGCCGGCUGGCGGCGAGCGGCGCUGAUCCGCAACGUAGGUGCUGCUGCUGAUGCUGCUGAUGCUGGUGUUGCUGCUGUUGUUGCUGCUGCGCGUCGCGACACCGACCGACACGACGACGUGACGGCCACGUGCCGCAGCGGACGCGUCGUCGUUGGCCAGUGGCAUUAACUCUCUCCCCCUCUUAUCGUGACCGGGUGAUUGCGUGCCGAGCAUGUCGUAACCGCGCGUUUCGGAACACGCGAUCGGAGUGUACUCUCUCGCCCGCUAUAUAUUCAGGCGCCCCCGACGUAUAAACAGAACGGAGGUGUACUCUCGCGAGCGAGCGCGCGCACGCACGCACGCACGCACGCAUGCCCGCGCGUGUGUAUUCGUCGAGUAAAAGCGGGCCCGGGAGGAUCCGCGAGGAGUGAGUACUCGCGUCGAAGUGACCGGGAAACACGAGGGGCGCGCGAGAAGAGGAAAGGGAGAUUCGCUGCUCCUUUUUUGAGACGAGAACAGAGGCCGUUUCUUCACACGUGAGAAAAUAAUGUGAAAGAUUUUGUUCGCGUAAACUGUGGGGGGGAGGUUCUCCGGGAUCAUCCACGAGUUCAGCGAUAUAGUGAGGGUGAUUGCGUUAACGUGUAAACAUAAGUCCGCCACGAUACCUUCCGUCCGAUGUGCACCUCGGGGUAACGCGUGACUCCCCCUUCGUUUACGCCGGGGAAGGAUACUCCUACGAUGUGCAGUGAUACGUAACGUCCCUUCGCAGUGAUCGUGACAGAGGAAUCAAGCAACGUCGUGUCGGUAUUUUGAGGAACGGGAGUUUCGAAGAUGUAAUCGAUUUCAAGGCGAUCUCAAGACUGAAAAAAAUUCGUAGUGACGUAUAUUUGGAGGAUACAAAACACUCGAGGUGGUGGUGGUUGCUGCACAUGUUUGAGGAAAGUUGUGCUUUAAACUUGUCAUCCAAACUCGGGCAAGACCGGAAAAUUUGGAAGGAAAAAGAGCGGGAAAAACAGUGACGGAGAAAGAAGAGUGAGAUAUUGUACGAAAGCGGGAAAAAGGAACGUGGUAGGAAAGGAGAAAGUGAAGAGGCGAAAGGAGAAAGAGAGAGAGAGAGAGAGAGAGAGAGAAGAAGGAACACGCUUCGUUCUCUAGUCCAAAUCCCAGCGGGUGUUCGAGGAGAGGGUGAAGAGCGCCGUGGAGGGGGGAGUGAUGCCGGCGGUGAGCGUGGCACAGCGCCCUCCAGGUGGAAUCCCACUCCACGCCGGCGUGCCGGUAGCUCCCAGCAGCGUAACCGCCCCCGGUCCGUCGGGCCGGUGCCUCGGGGGCCCGGCAGCGCCCCCCGCCGGCUCGCCACCGCUGCCGCCGUCCUUGCAAUCCCUUGGCGGCGGCGUCGCCACUAACAGCAACAGCAACGUCAACCCCAACAGCAUUAACCACAGCGGCAGCAAUAGCCACAACUCGCUCGGCGGCGGCAACCCCAUCAACAACAUCGCCAACAGCAAUCACCACCUAGGCAUCAACACGGCGAGCGGCGCCACGAAUCCUCUGCAGGCGAUGGCGUCGGCGGCGGCAUCGCUCACGCAGCUCAACAACAUGGCGAACGGCCCACUGCCGCCACUCGCGGGCACGGGCCCGGGCGGACCGCCGAGUCUGCCGCCGCCGCAGCCGGCGACGACGCCGACGCACGGCGGGCCGCCGACCCCGCACGGCGGGGUUAGCGCGGCGCCCCAUCUCAACGGCGCAUCGCCGAGUCCCCAUCCGAUGCCGCCCCACGGUAUGAUGAGCGGUUCGCCCCACACGCCUCACCCGCACAUGGGGGGCGGCGGACCCUCGCCCCAUCCCCAUCACCCGGGGCCCCACAUGGUCGGCUCGCCGCAUCAUCCAGCGGCGCCCCAUCCGAUGGGCCCGGCCGGCAUGAUGGGGCCGGCCGGUAUGCAGCCCCAAGGCGCGCCCGGUAUGUGCGGCCCCGGACCCAGCGGCCCGAUGGGCCCGCACGCGCAUCCGCAGGGACCAGGGGUACCUGGACAACCGCAUUUGCACAACGACCCGUUCUUCAACUGCCAGCCUUUUCCGUCGCACUACUACAACAGAUCGUUGCCUGUCCCCAGGAGGCAUACUCCAGCCUAUGGCUACAGCCAACCGGACUACAGGCUCCACGAGUUGAACAAGAGGUUAUCGCAGCGCACGGAGGACAGUGACAACCACUGGUGGGAGUCCUUCGCGAACGAGUUCUUCGAGGAAGAUGCCACCCUCACCCUCCACGUCUGUUUGGAAGACGGACCGAAGAGAUAUUCGAUAGGAAGGACGUUAAUACCUAGGUACUUCCGUUCGAUAUUCGAUGGCGGAGUGACGGAACUUUACUACACUUUGAAGAAUCAGAAGGAGUCGUUUCAUAACACCAGCAUAACGCUGGACUGUGAUCAGUGCACGAUGGUCACGCAGUACGGAAAGCCGAUGUACACUAAGGUGUUAACGGAGGGUAGGUUAAUAUUGGAGUUCACCUUCGACGACCUCAUGAGGAUAAAGUCGUGGCAUAUGUCGGUGAGGACGCAUCGGGAGUUAGUACCGAGGAGCGUUGUCAGUAUGCAGCAGGACCCGACGAUGCUUGAGCAGAUUAGCAAAAACAUCACCAGGCAGGGCAUGUCCAACUUCACUCUCAACUACCUUAGAUUAUGCGUUAUUCUGGAGCCAAUGCAGGAACUAAUGUCGAGGCACAAGGCGUACGCGUUGACACCCCGUGAUUGUCUGAAGACGACCUUGUUCCAGAAAUGGCAGAGGAUAGUUGCCCCGCCGGGUAAGAGAGAGUCCCAGCGGCCGGCUAGCAAAAGAAGAAAGCGGAAGGGCAGCACGUCCGGGCCGGGCAACAACGCACCACCCGCACCUAGCAAAAAACGCUCACCAGGGCCAAAUUUUUCUCUAGCGUCGCAGGAUGUGAUGGUCGUGGGUGAACCUUCUUUGAUGGGUGGCGAGUUCGGUGAUGAGGAUGAGCGAUUAAUUACAAGGUUGGAAAAUACGCAAUACGACGCCGCAAAUAAUCUGGAUCCUCACAGUCAUGACGCGUCCGGUGGACCGCCGCCACAUCCUCAUCAGUUCCACUCAGAACCGACACCGGGUAAUUCCUGGCCGCCAGAUCGUGGUCCUGGUCCACCACAGGGAGGUCCUGGCAGUCAGGGAGUUCAAGGUGGUCAAGGGGGUGCGGCCGCAGGUGUACAGGGAACGCAGGACGCCAGUCAACAGCAGCAAGACAAGAAGAGCCCCGCGGUGAGCCAGUGAGGCCAGGAGUCCCCGCGCCCCCCC